UCGGGCCGUUCGGCUCAAAAACUGCAGUCCGUUUGGUGUCUUUAAGCCAGAUUUUCUCUUUGGUCUGCCAACUUGUCGAUGCCAGUGCGGCGGGGGCUACGGCAACACAGCCACAAAGCUGCAUUGGACGUUUCUGCAGCAAACUUGCGGGUCGUAACAGCCGGAACCGAGGUUCGGGUGCAGUCCCACUUCUGGCUCCUGCAACUUCUGUCGACCCGAGUUCUCCUCCACGCUCAAGUUCGUCUGAACGUGAAUUCAGUGCAGACUCUGCUCCUCGGAGCGCGGCAGUAUAUACGAUGCAGCCUCAGCGGCUGCGUCAGGAGCGGUGUGAUCCGUCGAAAUUUCGUUUUACAGCUUUGCCUGAGGAGUUGCAAUUGAAAAGUCUUGAGUGCCUCCAGGAUGGAAUCACGGAUGAAGAUCCCGUGCGCAGCUUCCGGCACAACCCGGCAUCUGUAACUUUCCGCAAGAACCCCGGGCUGAAGGCGUUACGCAACCUCCUGCAGGAUGUGGAAGGGCCCGCAAGAAAUUGGUGGUCCAAUUGUCCGCCAGGAGGACAAGCUUCGGAGCCGUUUCCUGAAACGCUUGUAGCACAGAGUGAGCUGUUGCAAGCUCGUGUCCGAAACAUCAGUGCAGUACAGCAGGCGGUGCGAGCGCGAGCCGAAGGACGAGAUGGAGGUUACCCUGUCGGAAAAUGGUUCCAGGACCAGUUGGAGCGUAUUGCGGGCUUAGAACGAGGCAGUUUGUUUUCGGACGUGGCGCCUGCGCGCAAAGGCCUCCUCGAGUCUAUUCUUGUCGCUGUGGAAACGAAACUUGGCUCCGCGGUCCGCAAGGCUGAACAGAUCCGAAACGGGUUUGAUGACGGUGAGGCGGAGGCCGGACAUGCAGAGCAAAUAUUUGAGUAUGAAGAUAAUGACGGGCAAGGCAAAUAUGAGAUAUCGAUCAGAAACGCCAUGCACCUGCCAAAUCGUGGGCGCGGCUUUGUUGUUAGCCUGGAAAUUCUGUCGAACGAGUUUAGUGAUGACGUCAUGCGAAUUAUCCUCCAGAAAAGCGUGCCCCACGCCCCAAAGCCAAGAUGGAACAUCAAUCUGCUACAUACGCAAAUGGAGAAGGUUUUGCUGUUGCGCAUUACAACAUUGGGCCUCCUCCAGCGUAGUGGUGAUUGGCUACUGAAGUCGCGUCGCAAGACCUUGAUCAUCUGACCCUAAUUAACAAAGCCUGACAAAUCCCCAGAUGCUGGCAUUAGAGACUGUCGUUAUGGCGGGGUUCUUGCGCAUGAGAAACAUUGUGCGUCGUGGCAUGCAGUAGAUGUGCUUGACAAAUGUUGGGUGGGGACGUUUUUACACAGGAUGCAAAUGCUCAGCCACUGGUGGUACGACCGCACUAGUGAUGAUUGGGGACGAAAUCUUCAUUGGGUUCCCCUUCGCCUAGCUGAAAACGAAGCGCAGACGCUCCGAUUCCCCGUGGUCAGCCCGCUCGUUAUUAGACGCCCACAUGUGCCACGGCCGGGAAACCCAAACGGGGACCUGUAUUUUGGAGUGAAAUUCGAUCAAGGCGACGAAACCGGGAACGGCCGCUGGGGAGUCAGUAUUUUCUUCGUCCCCGACCGCACGCGCGACGAAAACUCCUAAGGAGAAAGCGGAGGCGCGCAAUAAAACUCCAUGCUACGUCCUCGAAUUGGUGUCGAAGAUGCUUUCGAGCCUUUUUUUUUGUAUGAAAAAUUGUAGUGAUCUACUCAGGCUACAGUGACCUACUCAGACUUCCUUUUUUGAUUUUACAUUGCAAUAUAAGAAAUUGCAGAAGUAGAUCUGGCUUGAUUUCCUUGAUCAAGCUGUUGAAACACGGGGCGGGAUGAAAAUAAAAGUACUAUAUUUCUGCUCUGCUUUCGAAGGAGCAUUCUGCUAGGGCGCGUCAAACCCUUAACUCUAGAGCCGGCCCCUAGAUGAAUCAGUAUUUACCGAAUUGAAGAAAGGACUAACCCGUGUUCGUCGUCCAUGAUAAGGAAGUUUUCAAGAACGCUGCCUGGAUUUCUUGUAAUUACGCCUCCGCUAGGAAGUACUACGCAAGAGCAGUCCUAUGUAAGUUUUUACCCCAGUGCCGCGGAUAUCCACUAUUUUAAUUUCUAGAGUAGCUUUCGAAUUCGGAGUUGCAGACGAGAUUAACGGCAUCUUGUUCCACUAGUAGGGAAAGGGAACGAGAGUGGACGAGGAAGUGCCCUUGGUUUUUCUGAAGCAGAAGCACGACUUAUUGGUGGAAAACUAGACAUUCACUUGUAGAAAGGUAGACAGUUCCCUGACAGUAUCUCGCUCACCUAGCACAUUUUUUUGACUUUCUUGAAGCAGCCAGGCAAUCUACUGCCAGUCCCAUCAUGGACUGUCCGCGCCUUCCAUUUUUAUGGAGUGCUUGAAGUACUUCGACCAUGAGCUGACAAACCUCAAUAACUACCCUGCGUGGACAUGCAUCAUUAUAUUGGACCCACGAAAUUUUAUGAGUACACGUCUGACGCCC